AUGCAGUCCGGAAUUCUGGCUUCCAAGGAGCUCCAGGCCCAGUUUAGCUCCUUGCUUUCCGAUUCCUCGACCUUUGGGCUGUUAUCGACCAUCGAAAAGGAGGCACUUGUGCCUGUGACGACCAUCCCACAGAAGGGCCAUUCUUUCGAAGAGAACCUUACCGCCCUAGAGCCUCAUUUGAAGCCCAACGUUGCGCUCUACAUCAUUCUUCGUCGAUAUGACACCGCCCCCUACUUCGUUGCGGCCACCUACAUCCCCGACUCUGCCCCUGUGCGGCAGAAGAUGCUAUUUGCGUCGACACGGCUGACAUUCGUGCGUGAAUUGGGAACUGAGCACUUCCGCGAUACCAUCUUCACCACGAAUCCAGAGGAGCUUUCGGCGAGCGGUUUUAAGAAGUUGGAGGCGCACGCAAAGCUAGAAGCACCCCUCACGGAAGAGGAACGAACCCUUGGCGAGGUCAAGCGAGCGGAGCAAGCUGCAGGUGCUGGCACUGGUACAAGGGAGAUUCACCUUAGCAAGAACCUGAAUAUGCCCGUGGCAGAGGAUGCCAUUGCCGCUAUGAAGGAAGUCGGUACGGAAGGUGGCCGUGUGGUGACUAUGCUGAAAAUCAACCCCGAAACAGAAGUUGUGGAACUUGUCCCCGAGUCUCCAACACCCAGCACCAUCACCGAGCUGACCCAGGCUAUUUCUUCCACGGAGCCCAGAUUUACCUUUUUCCGGUUCAAGCACACCCACAAUGGCGCUGAGCAGACGUCUAUGCUGUUCUUCUACACCUGCCCUGCCACCGCUGGCAAUAAGUCGAUCAAGUUCCGGAUGCUGUACCCGCUAAUGAAGCGAGCUGUCUUGGAGGUUGCUAGCAAGGAGGCGGGAUUGACCCUGGAAAAGAGGUUCGAGGUUGAGGAACCAAGUGAGAUCACAGAGGAGAGCGUCUUGGAGGACUUACACCCCAAGGUGGCAACCAGACAGGCGUUCAGCCGCCCCAAGCGACCUGGGCGGUAG